GGAAGGAGGGGAGGCGAUCUGGGCUGCGCAUCUGUAGCCUAUAGGCAGCUGAGGAGAGGGAGAGAGGCGAGCAGGACAAGAUGAGGACCACGAUAGCAGCAACGGACGAAUCGACAUUGGGAUGGAGGAUGGCAGACUGUAGGACAACACCGAGGACGACCGAUGAGGCAUGAAAGAGAAGGCGAAGGAGACGUGCUGUAUCGCCCCAACAUGGAGGCGUAGCGUCAGUAGCAUGCGUUAAAGGAGAUCAUUUUAUUGUAGCCUAGCAGCAGCAGCAGCAUCGGCAGCAGCAUCCAUCCGUCCAACCUGAGCGGAGAGGAGGAGAGCGGGGGAGAGAUGGGCUCCCAGGUUGUGCAGACCCUGCGUCAGGGGGUCUGGGCAUCCCUGACCGGCGGCUGGUAUCACGAUCCGGACCAGAAUAAAUUUAACAACUCAUGUCAUCUCUAUCUGUGGAUUUUUCUCCUGAUGUUACCCCUGUCUCUGCAUCUGGCCCUACCCCCCACCACCAUGGCUUUGAGCAUCUACUGCACCUCCAUCACUGUCUUCUUCAUUCUCAUCAAGUUGGCCAACUAUCGGCUGCAUGUGAUGUUCGAUGAGGGCGAGGCAGUGGUCCGUAGCAGCCUCUCCGACCUCAGCAAAGCUCCAGAGAAGAAAAGUAAUGCUUCGGACUCCUGUCUGCCGGCCGGCAUAAGGAAGAGCAGCACGGUCCCCGACAGUGUUGCCAUGACGAUGCUGACUCGGAAACGUCCCAGUCCUGUAAUCCAGGUGACAGUGAAACAGACUGAAACCGACCCAGGGCUGAUAGGGGUGGAGUGUUCGAAGUCAGAUGAAGCAAAGACUGGGGAAGGGCAGGGUGAGAGUGCUGCAGAGGAGAGGCCAGUGGAUGAUGGCCUGCAACCAAGUCCAGAGGCUUCUCCAGAUGACCUCUCCAGCCCCAAUCCCGAUCAGGCUGCCCCCCUGCUGCAGGCCCAGCAGAGACCCCCAUCCAGAGCCGAAAAGGAGGAGAUGUGUCCCGAAUCUGCACACGGGACUGAGAACAUGGAAGCAGAAAUAAUUGAGACUCAAGCAAUGAAAGAGGGAGCGGACAUUCAGGGCUCUUUGACAGAAAUUGAAAGAGAUAAGCCAGAACAAGAAGAGACACCAGAGAAGGACUUGGAAUGUGAAAGAAUAGAAAGCAAGAAAGAAUGUGAAGAUAAAGAGACUUCAGACCAGGAGACAGCAGAUGAAGGCUUACCUCCCUCUAAGGGAAGUGAAGAUGAGAGCGAGGAGGAGAGUGAAGGACUAAAAGAACCUUCGGAUGCCAACAAUAACUCACUGGAGAGCCCCCAGAACCUCCUGGAGGAAUCUGUGGACAUAUCAGAACCACCUGCACAGGGUGUGCCAUUAGAGGAGAUGUAUUGCUCUGAUGAGAUUGAAGUGGUUCUGGUUGACAACUCUGGCCCUGGGCCUGUGUCUUCUCACCUGGACGACAGCGAUACAGUCAAAAUCAUCAUCACCAUGAGCUGUGACCCUCAGACUGCUGCUCAGCUGGAGGAGAGUGUGAAGCAGAGCCUCCUGGAAAAUGCACAGGCGCAGAAAGAUGCUGGAGAAUGUCACAUCAAAAUCCCUGUCAUCACCUUCGACUCCCCUGAAGAAGAGAAGCAGGAAACAGAAGGAGGAGAAGAAGAAGCAGCUGGGUCAGAAGAUGACACAACGCCGAAACAGCUACAUACGACGAGCCAAAGUGAGGAGUUUCAUCUCUGCCGGGAAACAACCAGCUCUGAGUCACCCACGCUGGAGUGUCCAGAUCCAAGCCAGGAACAGCUCGGACUACAACUGACUAAGGACAGCACACCGAGCCCACAGCUGACGAAUGACAACAGCUCCUCAGGCAUUGAUGUCAACUCACACCCAGAUGAUACAGACCCACUGGAUGCCAAAGUGGAUUCGCAGGGUUUCUUGCGUAUUCCACCAGCUUUGGGCCGGUAUGGACCUGGUGGGAGGACUCAUAUCCGUGGGCUGAGCAUGGACAGUGGGAAAGAUGCUGUUCUCCUCUCAGAUCGCUCUAACAUUACCACCAUGACCACCUCCAAGUCUGAUCUGGAGGCGAAAGAGGGCCAGAUUCCUAAUGAAUCCAACUUCUUGGAGUUUGUGUCUUUGUUGGGAUCUCUUAGUGCCAGAGGGGGAGGGGCUAGUGCACAAGAAGAGGAGGGGCCAGAACAGGAAGUGGAAGUGACAGCUUCUAAUAAAGACAAUCUAAGUACAACCUCCAAACCUGAUGAGGCGAUCACAGAAACCAGCAUGGAGAUCAAACCAGAGAGACCCAAACCACCCACCAGUCUGCCCACCGGCACACGGCAGGCCAUACCACCCACUCACAUCCCCAUCGUCUCCCCCGACAGUCCCCAGACAGACAGAGAGAAGGAUCCGGACUAUGACUCCUUACCAUCGCAAACAUCUCAGUCUGAGAGCUCCAUGCUUCAGGUCAUCUGCAGACCAGAGGCCACCAACAAAGAAGAGGCCUAUACCUUCCACACUGUCCACCGAGACAGGCCUCGUAAGCUGUAUGCAGAAAGAGCCCUGAACCUGCCGCUCGGAGCUGAACUCAUCACCGGCAACAUGUGUGACCUGCUGUCGACUUCCUCCAACUCUGAGUGUCAGGAUGGACUCGUAGGAGGUCACUCUGACUGCCCUUUCCAGCGACGCAUCAUCCCUGCACACCGGCUCCGACCACGAAGGACACACCCAGAGAUCUUCCAGGAAGAGGAUUCCUUGGAUGAGUCUUCAGAGACGUCAACUCAGGAGAAGCCGACCAGGAAGAUUUAUUAUAAACUCAAACUCUUCCCCGGGAAAUGGAUUAACAUUCUGUACGACCGACUCACCCUGCUCGCCCUUUUGGACAGGAACCAGGAUGUUCUGGAGAAUCUCGUUGCUGUCUUCAUGGCCUUCCUGGUUUCUUUCCUCGGCUUCGUGCUUCUCAACCACGGCUGCUUCAAAGACUUCUGGGUCUUCCAGUUUUGCCUGGUUAUCGCCAGCUGCCAAUAUUCUUUACUCAAGAGUGUUCAACCAGAUGCAGCUUCACCGACACAUGGUCACAACCAGCUGGUGGCCUACAGCCGGGCGGCCUACUUCUGUAUCUGCUGUGCUCUGAUCUGGCUUCUGGAGCAGCUGUUGAGGAGGAAGGACCUGCCCAUAUCCACGCUGUAUGGAGUCACCAUCGUCUGCCAUGAUGCUUUGCGCUUCCUACGAGACCUGCUAAUGGGAUUCACCUACUGCUUUCCCAUCACCUUCCUGGUGGGUCUUUUCCCUCAGAUCAACACCUUCACCAUCUACCUGUUGGAGCAGAUUGACAUGCACUUUUUUGGUGGGACAGCUGCUACAAGUCUGGUGUCUGCAGUCUACAGCAUCCUACGCAGUGUGAUCGCCCUGUCGCUGCUUUAUGGGUUCUGCUUUGGAGCUCUCAAGGAGCCAUGGGAUGAACAGCACACGCCUGCACUGUUUUCUGGUUUUUGUGGCCUUUUGGUGGUUUUCUCAUAUCAUCUCAGUCGACAGAGCAGUGAUCCCUCUGUCCUAAUGUCUCUAAUAAAAUCAAAGCUAAUGCCCACAUUGGUGGAGAGUGAGGAAGAGGAGGAGGAAGAUAUAGACAUUAAAGAUCCACUGCCGGAAAAACUACAAAACUCAAUGAAGGAGAUCCUCCUGUCCGAUGUGGUCGUGUGCUCUGUCGCUUACAUCCUAACCUUCGCCAUCACCGCGAGCACCGUGUUUCUGUCUCUCAAGCCCUUUGUGACAAUCGUGCUUUAUGCAUUAGCGGGGACUGUGGGCUUUGUCACCCACUAUCUGAUCCCUCAGCUGAGAAAGCAUCACCCGUGGCUGUGGAUCUCCCACCCGGUCCUGAAGACCAAAGAGUACCACCAGUUCGAACCCAGAGAGGAUGCUGUGCUGAUGUGGUUUGAGCGUCUGUACGUCGGCCUCCUCUGCUUCGAGAAGUACGUCGUAUAUCCCGCCAUCAUUUUGAGUGCGCUAACAAAUGACGGCUUCGCUCUCAGUCACCGCAAGAAGCUUGGAAUCCACUGUGAUGUUCUCCUGACGACCGUUGCCGGGCUAAAGCUCCUACGCUCAUCCUUCUGUGACCCCAGUUUCCAGUUCCUCACCCUGCUCUUUACUCUGGUCUUUUUCCACUUCGACUGUCCGCACGCUUCGGAAAGCUUCCUGUUGGACUUCUUUAUCAUGUCUAUCUUUUUCCACAAGAUGCGUGAGCUGCUGUUGAAGCUCCAUUUCAUCCUGGUUUACAUCGCUCCCUGGCAGAUCGCCUGGGGCAGUGCUUUCCAUGCCUUUGCUCAGCCGUUUGCUGUGCCUCACUCUGCCAUGCUGCUGCUCCAGACCCUGCUCACCACCAUCUUUUACACACCUCUGGCUCCAUUCUUGGGCAGCGCCAUCUUCAUUUCCUCCUAUCCUCGGCCCAUCAAGUUCUGGGAGCGAAAUUACAACACAAAGCGUAUUGAUAACUCCAACAGCAGACUGGUUUCCCAAGUGGAUAAAGAGACAGGUUGUGAUGAUAACAACCUAAACUCCAUCUUUUACGAGUACCUGACCCGCUCCCUGCAGCAUUCGCUUUGCGGGGAUCUUCUCCUGGGCCGAUGGGGCAACUACAGCGCCGGAGACUGUUUCAUUCUGGCUUCAGACUACCUCAAUGCCCUGGUCCACCUCAUCGAGAUCGGUAACGGUUUGGUCACCUUCCAGCUCAGAGGUCUGGAGUUUAGAGGUACGUACUGCCAGCAGCGAGAGGUGGAGGCCAUAACGGAGGGCGUGGAGGAGGACGACGCGUGCUGCUGCUGCGAGCCUGGACAUCUGCCUCACAUGCUGUCGUGCAACGCAGCCUUCAACCUGCGCUGGCUGGCCUGGGAGGUGAUGGCCACCAAGUACCUGCUGGAAGGUUACAGCAUCAGUGAGAACAACGCAGCUACCAUGCUGCAAGUGUACGACCUCAGAAAGCUGCUCAUCACCUACUACCUGAAGAGUAUUAUUUACUACCUGGUCCACUCUCCUAAACUGACCACUUGGCUCAAGGAUGCAUCCAUCCAGGAGGCGCUGCAGUCUUAUACAAAGUGGCACCACAUCGAGCGUGACCCACAGGUCUUUAGUGUGAAGAUCGAUGAAGACUACGUGCACUGUCUGCAGGGAGUGACACGUGCCAGCUUCUGCAACGUCUACCUGGAGUGGGUCCAGUACUGUGCUGGCAAGAUGGAGACGCCUGUGGAGAGUGAUGAAGACUCUCCUCUGGUCACUCUGUCAUAUGCUCUGUCCGUCCUGGGAAGAAGAUCUCUGGGUACCGCAUCGCACAACAUGUCCAACAGUCUGGAGUCGUUUCUUUACGGGUUCAACACCCUGUUUAAAGGUGACUUCCGCAUAGCCACAAAAGAUGAGUGGGUCUUUGCUGAUUUGGAUCUACUACAGAAGGUCGUGGCUCCUGCAGUCAGAAUGAGCCUCAAACUGCACCAGGAUCACUUCACGUGUCUGGAAGAGACAGAGGAGGCAUCUAUCUUGUACGAGGCCAUCACAAACUACCGCGGCAGCCUGGUUAUCUGCCACGAGAGUGACCCCGCCUGGCGUAAGGCGGUGCUGUCCAGCCGCGACACUUUGCUCACAUUGCGACACAUGAUCGAUGACGGCACGGACGAGUAUAAGAUCAUCAUGCUGUACAAACGCCACCUCAGCUUCAAGGUCAUCAAGAUCAAUAAGGAGUGCGUGCGAGGCUUGUGGGCAGGACAGCAACAAGAGCUGGUGUUUUUACGAAAUCGGAACCCGGAGCGCGGCAGCAUCCAGAACUCGAAGCAAGCACUGAGGAACAUGGUCAACUCAUCUUGUGACCAACCACUGGGUUACCCCAUGUAUGUGUCUCCACUGACGACAUCAUUUGCAGGAACACACCGUACACUUCGCAGCAUCGGAGGAGGGGCUUUAAGUCUGGACGCCAUCCGCUCCUGGCUCUGCUCUAAAUGGCUACGGGUGCGUAAGGACAACCUGACCAGCUGUAACAGCGGCGUGAACAUGGAGGAUGUGGACUGCGGUGCUGGUGGGUCAUCCUCCCUCAGCCACAACCGCCCCUCCUCCGUCACCUCUAACAGCCUGAGUGUGUACCAGCACCGAGCCCGGACAACACACAGCCACAGACACCACAACACAGCAAGGAGAGAGUACCGCAGCCGGUCAGUGCAGCCUCAAAGUCAGCGUCCUCCAGUCAGCAGCCAAUCAGGACCCAUCCUGGACUCAGGCUCCACCCACGGGCUGGUUCAGCGUCUGUCCAACAGCCAGCUGUCCUUUAACACAUCCAUAGCCUCGAUAUUCUCACAGGUCCCUCGUCUCUCAGGAGCCGGCGGGAUCAGUUCACAGCUGCAGGCGGCGCAGCAUCAGCAGCGUUCCAGCCAGGUCUCAUCGUCUUCGUCUACUCUCAGCCUGCUUUUUGGGAAGCGUAGUUUCUCCAGUGGUUUAGUUAUCUCUGGGCUCUCUGCCGCCGAGGGGGGAAAUACCACUGACACACAGUCAUCGUCCAGCGUCAACAUUGCCAUCGGGCCGUCACACAGGUCGAGCAGCAGGGCCACACAGUGGACGUCAGAACCAUACGAGAGCAUAGACGCAUCCUACUCGAACACCGCAGCUGGUCCGAAGGACGGCACGCAGUCAGGUGACCGAGGCUGCAGCCAGGGAUUAGACAAGACUGAGGAAGAAUCAGAGUCUGCCUCAACAGCCCAGGAGGCUCCGGAUCAAAAGACUGUCUGAGAGAGAACACACAAACACACAUACCAACACACACAUGAGUGCCCAUACUAAUGCCUAUUAACAGAGAGGACUGUAUGAAAAAUGACACAAACACACACCCACAUAUAUACAUAAAGACGAUUGUAUGAGAGGGCACCCAUGCACACAGACCUGCCUCCUCUCCUGUCCUCAGCAUGUGGUCUCACCCUGUUGUCUGAAUGUAGAGUCUGAAAAUAUGAUUUUGGAUCCGGAUGAUGAAAUAAAGAUGUUUUUAAGUGAG